CAACAUUUAGGGGUUUUGCAUUGAAUUAUUAAGAUCUAACCAAAAUUGUUAUGAAAAAAACAAAUUAAAGGAAACGGGAAUGAUGGCAGCGGUGCAAUUAACAAAGCAUUGGCUUUAAAAAAAUAUACAUCCGAAAACUUCCGCCCAAACAUCAACAAACAUAACCCUCGCCCGUUCGGAUUGUCCUAAUUGUUGCUUGUACCCUGCAUAAAAACUGCAUUUACUACAAUCAUCAUCAGCAAUUGUCAUGAUAAUUUGGAAUUCCACAACAUUCAUUGUAUAUAAUAAGAAAAAUAUAGUUGGCCACUACCACUCCGGCAGCAGUAAACAACUGUGCGCGUGAUACUAUUAAAGAAAACAAAAACAAUGAAGGAGAGUCUUGUGUGGCGCCUUGUAUGUCGUUAUAAGCUAUUUUGCCUGCUGGGAUUUGUCAUCUUCGGCAUACAAAUAUUCUUGGCUUAUAAAUCUUUAAAUUUAACCAAUGGCACUAGUGCUGAUACAGCAUUCUUGGGUCAUUCGUCCGUGUCUGAAAUCCGACAAAAGUCGCAUGAUGCCGACAGUACGGACGAUGAGGAUGCACAACCUCCAAUAAUUGCAAACAAAAGGCAACAUGCAGCCUCUUCGUCAACAAAUAAUGCAGACUACAACGAGUCUCCCCCGCCAUCCCCAUUAAUUUCAAAGCAACAAUUAGGCUUUACACCGUCAUGCGAUAUCAUAUCUAAAGAUGCCAUAUCAGCGCUGCAACGAGCGAAAACAAAAGACUGCCGACAACAUAUCGCUGGAAUUGCUUGCUCCAUACAAUCGGGCAAAUUCUAUCCGGCCCUAUUACCCAGCUAUUGCCCAAGUAACCAUACAGCUAACAAUCCAUUGGGUUGUUUCCGAGACGAAAAGAAAUUCCGUUUGUUAUCCGGAUAUUUUAUUAAUUUUAAAACAACCAACAAGCCGGAUAAAUGUAUACAGCUUUGCCUGCAAUCUGGAUUCCCCUAUGCCGGCGUACAAUAUGGGUCCGAGUGUUUUUGUGGCGCUGAUCUGCCGCCAGAAUCGUCCAAAUUACCUGACUCCACAUGCAAUAUGAAAUGUUCGGGAGAUUCGCAUGAGAUUUGUGGCGGUUACUUUGCCAUGAAUGUGUUUGAGACAGGAAUUGCAAAAUUUUCUGCCCAAGUUGCUGAGAUUGGUGUUAGACCGAACACAACAAAUGAUGACAUCCGAAUUGCAUUUUUAUUUACUUUAAACGGUCGUGCUUUGCGACAAGUGCAUCGCUUAUUGAAAGCUCUGUAUUCCACAAAACAUGUCUACUACAUUCAUGUAGAUGAGCGCCAAGACUAUUUAUAUCGCAAACUUUUGGAGUUAGAGCCAAAAUUCGCAAACAUCCGUUUGGCACGUACACGAUUUUCGACUAUUUGGGGAGGUGCAUCUCUGCUCACCAUGCUACUGCAAUCUAUGAAUGAUCUACUGAAGUCAUCAUAUCAAUGGGACUUUGUUAUUAAUUUGAGUGAAAGUGAUUUUCCUGUUAAGAAGCUAGAAAAAUUAGAACGAUUUCUGCUAGCCAAUCGUAAUCGCAAUUUCGUCAAAGGCCAUGGACGAGAAACGCAACGAUUUAUACAGAAACAGGGACUGGACAAAACCUUUGUGGAAUGUGACACACAUAUGUGGCGUAUUGGAGAUCGUAAGCUACCCAAUGGCAUACAAAUAGAUGGUGGCUCGGACUGGGUAGGACUCUCCAGACCUUUUGUUAAAUAUGUUAUAGAAAAUAAGGACACUCAGGAAUUGCUGAAAGGACUUUUGGUGAUAUUUCGACACACAUUACUGCCGGCUGAAUCGUUUUUCCAUACUGUAUUGAGAAACUCAAAGUUUUGCAACACUUAUGUGGAUAAUAAUUUACAUGUGACCAACUGGAAGCGCAAGCUGGGCUGUAAGUGCCAAUACAAACACGUGGUGGAUUGGUGUGGCUGUAGUCCCAAUGACUUCAAACCCGAAGACUGGUCCCGCUUACAGAACACUGAAAGCAAAAUGUUGUUCUUUGCUCGCAAAUUUGAGCCCAUUAUUAAUCAAGGCAUUAUUUUAAAAUUGGAGGAGUGGCUGCAUGGACCCUAUCCCACUGAUAUGCCAAAUUUGCAGGCUUAUUGGCAGAGUUUUUACAAUGCCGAAGAUAAACGAUCCCAAGCAGAUGAUGUAACAUUAACCAUUGCUGAGAGUGUGGUAAGGCGGCUGACAAAGCACUGGAACAUAGGGGACAUUAAGAUUUUGGAACUCAGUCAUUACCUGCACAAUGACCAGUACAAAGGUUAUUUGAUAAGAUAUCAGUGUAGAGACAAAAGCUCCAAUCAGACCUAUGAAUUGGAGACACGUGUACGCCCCAUGCAGUUUGCCAAAUUUGCCAAGACCUCCAAAUUUGCAAAAAGACUUAAAAAUUUCGAAGUUUCCAGCGAUUAUGAUCAAAAAGAACAGAUUUCGAGAAACUAUCAAAAGUUUCUGGGGCCCCAUUCAGAUUUGGUAUUAACAUUUACGUUUGUGGGUGCGACUUCGCCAUCACCCAAGGAUACUUCGCAUUCUUACAACUUGACUUUGCUGUGGAUAGACCCCAUGGGCCGUUUGCAGGACUUUAACGAGCUGCACAUUGAGGACUCACAAAGCGAUAAUAUCAACUACUCCAAGGCAAUUUUAAAGCAACCCUUGUGUGGGGGAAUAUGGACGGCCAAACUAAUAGGACGCUCUGCCAUUUAUGCUCAAACAAAAUUCUUGGUUACACCAUUGGCAAUUUUCAAUCAUCAGCCCAUACAGCUGGAGAAGGCUCGUCUAAUAAAUGCCGGCGAUGGUUUAACUCUGCCCGAGGAUUUCUCUUUGCCCGAAGAAUGGCUACAAUAUUUGCCAGGCCAUGAGGAAUCAUUGCAGCUAAAGAAUUUAGCCAUGAGAAAUGCUUUGCGCACCGGAGAACAACUGCAUCAGUGGGUGGAUGAUUUGACGGGGAAAUUUCACCAUUUAAGGGAAACAUGUGCUGUUAACACAGAAGCCACCAAGCUGUUCACUGCCUCGCUGACCAUGCUGCCCCUGUGCAGUGAAACGUCAUGGAGCACGCUGGCGCCAGAUCCUAAAAGUGAUGUCUAUAAGCUAAGGAGUUUAAAUGCCAGAUGAAAAGAAGUUAGUUGUUGAAUAUUUCGAAGGAUUUCACAUGCAAGAAUUUAUUUUUAUUUUUUUUUUAAGAAACAACAAACCAAAAAUAUUUAGUAUUUAUAUAAAAUAUCCAACUAAAUAAUUUGUUUUUGAGCUUUCACCUUUUCAAGCCCCUAGCCAAGUGGCAAUGGUUUUUAUUUAUUUUUGUUUUCUUCCUCUCGGAGGUCUCUCUCUCCCUCUCUCUCUCUCUCUCUCUCUGUUUGUAACAAAAACCAAAAUAUAUACGCAAUAUUUUUACAAUUUUACAAAUUAAACACUAGCUAGCCGCUAUUAUGGAAAAUUUUAAAGCGAAGUAUGAAUGGACGGACAAAUCAAUGAAGGGUUACACACGAUUUUUUUUUUUCUUUUUACAUAUAUACCACAAUAAUAUUAAGAAUGACUUGUUAAAAUUUUGUUGUUAUUUUUCAUAUUUGUAUAAAUGAUAGCAUUUUGUAAGCACAAUUUUUUGUUUUUUGAGAUUUUUAUGAGCAAUAUCUAGUAAAUAAGUAAAAAAAAAAAAACAAAACAUUUUAUCAUUUGAUUUUUGAAUACACAUUUAUCCAGUCCAUACCAUGUAUAAUGCCAUGUAACAUUUCCCGUUUUCCCAGAUAAUUGUUUACUUAAAACUUCAUUACUCUACUGUGUCAUAUGUUCAGCCAUUUAUUCAUAUAAAAAUUUGUGAUAUUCUUCUUAUUGUCCAUUUUAUAGGAAUAAUAUAAUGCAGAACAUGCAUUUCAUGCAUAUCUACGUACGUAUUUUAAAAUAUUAUUUAAUAUGUUUUUUGUUUAUUAACCAAUCGAAAGUUAUCAUUAUUAACUUUUUUUUAAGGGAUUUUAUUCAUAAACACCCUAGACGAUUUCUUUUUUCACAGGACAAGCAUUUUUUCUACAAACUAAAACCAUUUUAGCUGGUUUCUCAUAGAAGCAUUUUAUCUCCUACAAUCUACCUAAAAAAAAUCGAAAUAACAAAACGAAGAAGCUCAAAAUUACAUAAAAUAUUGGGUUGCCCAAAAAGUAUGUGCGGAUUUUUUAAAAGAAAGUAAAUGCAUUUGUAAUAAAACUUAGAAUGAACUUUAAUCAAAUAUACUUUUUUUACACGUUUUUUUUUCUAAAGCAAGCUAAAAGUAACAGCUGAUAACUGACAGAAGAAAGAAUGCAAUUACAGAGUCACAAGCUGUGAAAAAAUUUGUCAACGCCGACUAUAUGAAAAAUCCGCAAUUACUUUUUGGGAAACCCAAUAGUAUUUUUUUUUUAAUUUUUUAUCAUUUUGUUUGUCUUUUACUAAGGUAUUACUUUUACUAGAUAAAGAAAAUAAAAACCAAAUUUUGUAAAUAAGCAAUUUAGUUAAAUGGCAUAGGAGUAUAUAAUAUUAUAAAAAAACACACACACACACACACACAUUUGUCUAAAUCUUCUUCUAGAUAUCUUCAUACGUAUUGAAUUAAGCUGCUAUUA